CAUGCGCAAGUUACCGAAGGGGCGUUCCCUGAUAUUCCGUAUCAGCUCCUUCUCCUGGCCUUAGCAGACUGUCUCGCGUGAUACCGCAACCUUCUGCUAACGCAGUCUUAGGUCAGAGUGUGGCCGGUUGCCCGUCUCACCAGGGUGUAACCAGGCUUUUCAGGCCCUCCGGAAGGCGCAACAAAAAGUCACGGCCGUCCGCCUCCUACAUCUUGGCACGAGCCAAGUCUACUUCCCAUUCAUGCACAACAUGCUCUCGUUUCGCCGCAGUAUCGCGAAGACUUAUUCGUAACACCCUCCCUGCUUGAAGCGUCUGAAGAUCCCACGCAAACCUUCUCGCUGCCAGUCUAUAACAUCGCCCGUGCCGCCUUAUUCCCCUCAUCUUGGCAAAUCCAUCUGAAGGACCACGACGCUCUAUCUCUCACUUCCCAUCUUAAAUAAUAACUGACUCCACGGCCGGGACUGGAGCCUGGUAAAACCGUACAUAAUUCGCACCGUCACUCCCUUAAUAUUCGAUUGUUUACCAGUUCUCGUACGCCAGCGUCGACCGCUUCGCCACGAUAUUCGCAAAAAAUGGACAGCUUUCUCAUGGCAAGACACGGUGGCGAUGACCACGGAGCGACGGGAACAGCAACUGCUUCGGAUGCUAUGCCGGGAAUGGAUAUGGGAUCCGGCACGAUGAACGAUACCCACGGCUCAACUGGCUCCAGCAUUAGCAUGAUGAUGAUGACCAUCUUCCAGACCAGUCUGAAGACUCCUCUUUAUACCGAGGCCUGGACCCCGAACAGCGUUGGCACUUACGCCGCCACGUGCAUCUUCCUCAUCUUUUUGGCCUUCGGCCUUCGCAGCAUGCUCGCUCUCAAGUCUAUUCAGGAGAAGCGAUGGUUGGACAAGGACUUCAAGCGCCGCUAUGUGAGCGUAACGGCAAGCUCGGCAUGGCAGGAAAGAUGUCAACGGACAGCAUGGCAAAGCAAAUGGUACUUUCCGAGAACGGCCUCGAGGAGAAUGUCACUGUCGUUCAGAAGGGUCAUGGCAUUUGGAGGCCCUGGAGAUUCUCCGUUGAUCCUGUUCGUGCUGUGAUUGACACCGCCAUUGCCGGAGUUGGGUAUCUUCUGUAUGUGUUCUUUUUCUCGCUACUUACUUUCGCAACGUUUACUAACAUACAUAGGAUGUUGGCUGUCAUGACAAUGAAUGUUGGGUACCUCCUGUCAGUUCUCGGCGGCGUCUUCUUGGGCAGUCUCGCUGUUGGCCGUUUUGCCACUAUGGGCGAGCACUAGUCAAUCAUCAGCAGCAGUUACGGAGACAAUACCGACUAGAAUGAUCUCCUCAAUUCACUCGGUGUUGUAUGAUGCGGUGACUCCAGUGAUGGACGGAUGCUGGAUCAUGCCAUAUAGAGACGAUGAAUGCGACCACGAAGGAAAUGGAUACCGCGACAAUCAACAAACUUUUUUUCUGUCCUUUUUCUUUUUUUCUUUUUGGAAUCGCAUGCGAAGGAAACUACCCGGCUACUUCCGGUUGGAGAUUACACUCGCUGUGUUGUGCUGCACGAAGCAACGUUUGUACAUUCAAUGGCAGCCCGCGGUUUUCAAAAUCCAAGCAGCUACGAUCAAUAGUAGUAAAGCUGCGUGUACAGAUUCGGUACUCAAUAUGGGGUUCCCUCCUUCCCGUCUCUUGUGGUCUUGUGGUGAUAGCGCGGCAAGUACAUGUACAAGGAUGCCUAGUGCCGUUCCUGGCUCGUGCAGAAACCUUCUCAAACUCCCUCAGCCCGUCGCCCCCGUCCCCCGCUUCCUGCGAGGUUCAAGUGAGACGUACCAAGACAUCAAG